GAGAACAGAGGCUGUGGCUGUGGACGUCGGAGAUGUUCACGCUCACACGGACUGGGAUGUUAGAGCACCCGUCGAGAUGGAGACCUUCAUCCAUCUUUACCUCCAUCUGAUCGAUCUUGGGAAUGAAGCCAAGAUGUGACCGUCACGGCGUGUCAUAGUUUGGAUCUUUCCAGCUUUUACAACACUUGUUUCUAUAGCAACAGAAGUAUCAUAGUAUCCUGAAAGCCCCAUUCCCACAAUGCAGUCCUCUAGCUGCUCCUCUCAGCCUCUAAAGCCACGCCGUUUUGACACCACCAGACGGACCGUAGCAGGACCAAAGUCUCAUGGCCCUGGUUUACAGAAAGAGGAUAAAAACAUGAAUACAAUCACCACUUCCUCCCCACGUCGGGCAACUAAAGGCCCCUCAGCACCUUCCAGAACCAGAGGGGGAGCACAGCCUCGAGCUCCGCUGUACCAGUCCAGAGUGAACUCACAAAAACAGGCAUCUGCCGUCUCCAAAUCGGCUAAGCCCAAACCCAAAAGUGGUCAGGCGGCGGCAGCAACCCAAAAUGCACCUGCACCCGCUCCUCCUGUGCUUCCCUCUGUUCUGCCUCUCGACCCAAAUUGUAACGAACCCAGUUUGCCAUGCUUGUGCUGCGAUGGGCGCUCCCCUCAGGACAACAACAGUAUGUUCAAUCAUAACCACAACAAUAAUAACACAAUCUCUCUCAGACAGCAAAUGCAGCUUCCGCCUCCUCCGGCCCCAGUGCCUGAGAAGCAGAAUGAAGCAGGGGCCAAGGCCCGGUCUGAGCCUCCAUCACAGGCCCAGCUGGAGCUCUCUGCCUGCAAAGAUGUCAGUGUGGAAAAUGAGGAGAAGAGCACUGAUCUUGACAACAAGAAAAAUGUAAAACUAGAAGAAGAUGAUGAUGAGGAGAGCAGUGGAGAUGUUGAUAUUGAUGAUGAUGAUGAAGAGGAGGCUGACAAUGAUGACGACGAUGACGAUGAUGAUGAUGACACCCUGGUCCCCUCAUGUUGUGACUGCCCCCCCUCUCUCCUGGAGUUCUCACUCUCCUCUUCUACCUCCUCUUCAUCGUCCACUUCCAUCAGCUCCUGCUCUGAUCUGGAGUCUGACUGUGCGGAUCAGCCCACUUCCAUCUGCUCUUCCCUUGACCAAGAGAGUCUAUCUUUCACUCUGUCUCCCAAAGAUCGCUGUCCUCAGCAAGCCCCUCCAGCUCGUUCACCUCCAUCCCUUCCUCUUAGUUGCAAUCCCUUCUCUGUAACGUCACACUCCCCCAUUCCCCCAUGCUCCCCAGAUGAGGGCUACCCCUCUGCCCUCGACUCCCCAUCUCCUGACUAUUUAGGAGUCAAAGGUGAUUCAGAGGUCACUAAACUUGGCUUACUUGACUUCCUUGAAUCAGUUGGGGAGUUUGGUAAAAUGGAACGUUUCAGCCAGGUCAUCCAAGUGGCACGUUGGGAUCUGGAAGGAGAGCAGCACUGGGAUGUUCUGAGGGAUCGUCUAGAUCAUCUGGAUCGUUUGGAAAAAGUGAACAGGGAAGUAAAACUAGCACACAUCGCCAGACUGCAUGAGAAAGGGUUUGAUCUUGGCGAUCUGGAAGAACAGGACCUCUCAGAUAUCAUGGAUGAAAUGGGAAACAUUGACAUACCCUGGAAGUUGUAUAAAAGUCGCAGAGAAGAAAUGGAAGACUCACAGGAGUUUUCCGAUGCUGGGGUUGACCUCACUGCUCCAUCAGAUUGUGAUGAUCCUCUUGUUCCAGAUUCCCUCACCCCGUCCCCUGCAGAGCCACCACCAAGACCCCCCAAACCACCUGCACGUCAUGCAAGCGUGAGCUCUGACCUUCACACCUACAUCAAUAUCAGCAGGGAGACCACCUCAAUGGCUGUCUCCACCUCCCCUACACCCACAUUGUCGACUUUCUCCCUGAACUCCUCAUCUCCUACAUUCACUACCUUCAGGUGUGAGAAGCCCUUACCCCUAUCUCCUCCAUCCAUACCUCCUCUACCGGCCUCAAAGCCUGUUCCAUAUCUCACCCUCUACACAGCUCCCUCUCCACCCCCAGCUAUCCCUACCCCAACCCCUCCCAUACCUCCUCCUCGGAGGCGACACCUUGCUAGGAAGGAAGCACAACGUCUUGCUGCUCUUCAAGCUGAACAGGAAAAGACCCCUCUUUCCCUUCCACCUCCUACCACACGUCCCCCACCUCUACCUCCUCCACCUGUCAUCUCAGUCUCAUCUAUGUCAUCUCCCCCUGCCAUACCACCACCACCAGCUUUGCCUCCUCCCCCGUCCUUCCACGCUCUGGAUGUAGAGAUUCGGAAGCUGUUGAUGCUUGCUGGGUUGACUCAAGCUGAGCUCCUCAAACUCAGCCCAGAGCUCGGUGUCUGUGUUGGGGGGCUGGAGGAUGAGGAGGAUGCUGGUGUCACAUCCAGAUCUGGAGAGCCACAUGAGUUCAGAAUAAAAGACCGGCAGCAGGAGAAGGAAUAUGACACAGCGAUAAUAGUCAGGGAUGGAUGGAGCAGCAGGAGCAAAUUGGAUGGAGAUCGAAGAGUAGAUAUACUUGGAGAAGCUGAAGAAAACAAAAAGAAAGAGGAAAGCAAAGACACACAAAGAACCACAUCAUUUAGUGAGAUGGCAAGGAGAAGGAAGCGGAACAAUGGUCUGACAUCUGAACCUUACUACAGCACUGGUCUAAGCAAUACACAAGAAUUAAAAGCAAAUAGACUGAGCUAUGAGACUUUACAUUAUUCUGCUGAGUUACUUGAUUCACCUCCCCCUCCUCCUCCUCCACGCCCCUUACCCCCAAUCCCACCAUGUUUGCCACCCCCCAAAGUCAGCACUCUCCCUGCCAACUCUGCACAACCUGAGCGCUUUGAUUGGCUCAUAGCAUUUACACCUGACUGUGAGGCUCCACCACAGCCCCUUCCCCAGGAUUUAAGAAAGUCCCAUACAGAACCCCCAAAGAAGAGUGGCUCCUCAGGGUCAUCUCCAGGGUCAGCUCCAAAAGUCACAACCUUCAAAGAGCUGCGUUUUCGCAACAAGAGUGCAUCGCCUCCAACAAAAGUGAUCACUGAGCCUGAUCCUGACCCCACAGUCAUAACACCUGAUCCAGAUAUACUCUACAACCUGAAGUGGAGAAGGGAGAAGGUGGGUAGCGACGGCAACCAGUGGGAGUACACCUCCCAGGCCCAGGCCUUCUUCAUGCAGCCACCGCCCGCCCUCACCUCAAUGGCUGCUCUGAAGGAAAUGCUACAGAGGGCUGACGAGGAGGGUGGACAACUAGAACUGUGCCCGUCACAGAAGAUUGGCUCAUCUGUCAGUGACAGCAGCUUGUGGACCAUGGGCAGGGAAUGGGAAUAUGAAGAAUUUAAGAGGGAGGAAAAGGAAAUGAAAGAAGAAGAAGAUCAAGAAGAAGGAGAAGAAGAGGUGGAGGUGAGAGGACGAGCUGAUGGAGGAAGGACUUUUGAAUCAAGAACUACAGUUUCCUCCCCCCCGUUGUCCCUUGCCCAGUCCUCCCAACCCUAUUUCCUCCACUCUGCGCUCCCUUCCUAUCGUCCAGGCUUUUGUAACCCCUAUCCCGUUGCAGAUCCCAGACCCUACAGCCAUGAAGGCAGAACGUCCUCAGACAAACACGCCAACACACAGUGGGCUCCUGAUGCCAGCUCAGCUUUUAUCCACAGAGAUGAUUCCAGUACUGAUAUAAGCUGUGGGUUUAACUCGGAAUCCCUGGCUGAUUUUGGUGUGGACUCUUUUCAUAAUUAUGAGAAUUACUUUAAACCAAAUCCCCAAUUGGCAUACAAACAUAUCAAUGAUUCCAAAACCAAUCACAGAGACUUUGUGUCUGACUCCAUCUGUAAUUUUGACUCACUCUACUGCAGUGAUUCAGAGAAGCAGAAGACACACUCUGCAUCGAGCACACCUAUUAGUGACACUAUUGAUGCUCCAUGUUGCACCACCCCAUAUAAAAACAUUGAUGUCAUGAUGACGUACUCAAAUAGUAUCAGCGCUGUGGAUUCGCUUUGUUCGAGCAGCACAGAAAAGCACUCAAACACAGACCACAACAGCAACAAGUCCAGGACAUCCAAAGAGCUUCCUCCCCUCCCCACUUAUUACCUGUACCACCCUAAGAACUGCCCUCUGCAUAGGGGUGCUCCACCUCGGCUCUCCCCUAUUGGAGCACUCUCCCCUCCCCAGCGCUCUGGAGCCCCCCCUCCUGGUGCGGCUGGUUCUUGCCUCAGCUCCCCGCUUUUCCCCCGGUCACACACCUUGCCUGCCCUUGCUGCUCCCCUUUACUAUCCAAACCUCUACCCUCCAGUCCCACCCAGAGCUCCCCCCUUACCCCCAAAACUCUACCAGGCUACUCCGCAGUCACGUGUGGCGACUGUUCGCAGUGUCUCUUUUGCUGGAUCUGUACAGAGAGGAGAGACAUCCUGGAUGGGCGAAGAUGUGAAGCAUCCAAUGAGAGGUCUUGGCCUGUCCUCUCUAUGCCUGCAGGAAAAGAGAGCUCUGGUCAGUGCGGUUAGUGUGGCAGUGGAAGCCAUCUUGGCCCAAUUCAGUUCUUCUCGAACAGUAGUUCAGAAGACCUUAUCAGGAGAUAGCACUAUAAAUCCAUCUCUGGGCCGUCUCGUGCUGCAGUGUCUCUGCCCCGCCCUGCACAGCUUGCUGACCGAUGGCCUAAAACCCUACCAGAGUGACCUGAUUGCAGGCAGGAGGCCAAAUUCAGCCUGGAGCCUUGUCCAGGCUUCAACCAGACCAGGCCUUAAAACACAAGCCCUGUUCAACCUACAAGUUCGAGUUGGAGAGCUGCCUCAGCUCAAGCAGAGCAAACACAGGUUCAACGCGUUCCUCCUUGGCCUACUUAACACCAAGCAUCUUGAUUUCUGGCUGUCUCACCUUCAGUCCAGCAGAGAUGUAUUGGAGACAUACUACCAUCCCUCAUCCUUUAUGCGUCUGUCAUCGACUGCUUGCCAGCCUCUGUUUGAGGAGCUGCUUCUCUUGCUGCAGCCCCUGAGCCUGCUGACCUUUAACCUCGACCUACUCUUCCAGCACCACCAUUUAGAGCCUGACAGUCAAAGUCCAGAGAUCCCCAGCCCACCAUGUCAGGAUGCAGGAUUUCAGGUUUCAACAAAGGGAACUGAAUCUAUGAUCAUGGGAUGUAAAUAUAUGGAAAGUCUCUCAGAAGUAGACUUUGGAAGUCCAGAUUUUCAAGCUGCUAAAGAUGUAAAAUCAUCACCACUGUCAAAUCCAAAGAAUGGAGAGCCAGCAGAGUCAACAAAUGGCAAUGCUGCACCUGUAAAGGCUUCUGUCCCUCUUGAGCAGACCAGUCCACAGCUGCUGUGGGUGCAGGAGAAGGAAAUUGGAGCUUUACCUCCUCCUGAUGUUGAGGAGGACAGCCUUACACAGCAGGCAGGACAGGUGAUCCAGCAGGGAUGGGGAGCUGUGAUGCGCUGGGGAGGCCGACUGAGCCAGAACCUGGCUGAGCUGAGCCUGGCUGCAGGGAAGAAGGAGGAGAUGAAGACAGAUCAGCCUGAUCUUCAGUCCCAGGCUGGGAGUGACUUUGCUCCAGUCAGCGGUGGUGCUCAGGUUCCCUGGGGUCUUGGGCGGCUUUUUGGAGCCUCUAAAAACCCCAACAGCCCGACAGGUCACCCACCACCAACCAGACGCCCCUCACAAUGGUUGGCUCCGGGUGUCACAGCGCUGACCCGCAUGGUGAGCAGCAGCUCUGUGCCAGUAAUCAGAAGGAUGCCAGAGCUGCACAGGGACAGUGACCCCGAGUCAGACAAAGAGGCUGAAACACUAGAGAUGAAGGACAAACCAAGACCACUCAGGUCAGUACGAACGCUGUGUGACCACACUGGAACAGGUUCAGAGCUCAGCUUCUCCAAGGGGGAGGAACUUGUGGUUUUAGGAGGCGUUGAUCAAGACUGGAUUCGCUGUCGUCAGGGAGACAAUGAGGGGCUGGUGCCUAUUGGGUAUACCUCCCUCAUCAUGUGACUUCAGCACUGUAACUGCUGCAUUUAAACAAUAAAAAAACAAAAUAAAAUAUAUAAAUAUAUAUAUUUUAGGUGAAUAAUGAGAGGUUAUACUGAGACCCACUACUCUGAAAGGGAUACAUCACACCAGCUUGGUGCGAGUUUGAGUUGAGUGCAUAACACCAUCUGUUCCACUUUACGUGCAUCAGGAGCAUUCUGCCGCCGCUCUCCCUUUAUGAACAUAUGGGAGGUUUUUUUCCCAUCGCAGUCCCAGUUUGGUAGCAUUGAACUAAUGGAUUCUAGCAGUAGGAAUGCAGCAGAUGGUGUAAAAUAAUGACUCAAGUUAAAUGUAGACCAUUUCAUACUGGAGGACCAUUGAAGUAUCCCUUUAAAUGCCUUUUUCAGUGUUUGGCUUCCUUUUCAGCCACUGAUCUGAAGAUAAUUACAGAGAAUUUCUGUAAUUUCAACAAUAGAUUAAUGUAUUUUCAGAUCACUGCUAGUUGCAAGGAGGCAACAGUCGAUAGCCUGGAUUUAACAACAUUAAUAUCUUAAGUCCUCAGCUGAAAAGAUCUUUGGCUUCCAGGUUAUCAGGGGGAGAAAGCAUGUAAGAGUAGUGGGCCUUUGCUCCUGUUGUAUACUGCGUAGUUAUCUAGUGUAUCGUAGCUGUGUAGAUCUGUGUUCUCUUGACCUCUCACCUUCAUCGCCUGGUUCAUGUGUGUUUGACAUGUUUCUGCUAAUCUAUUUGACUGUAUAAAUAUACAUAAAAAUACAAUAUAUAUAAAUAUAUAGAUAUAUAAAUUGAGAUUGAUUUUACCAAGAUAGAAUGGUAGAUGAACAAGAGAAAGCAGUUAGUGACACACAAGCAGCAGCUUAAUACAGUGGCCACAUUGAGGAGGUUGAAAUGAAUGGAUCCUUAUCUUUACAUCUGCUACUUUACACACAAGUGGUUGUUAUACAUGAAAAAAAACACUGAUAUGUUUGAGUAUGGAAUCCUUUAUCUUCCCCCUUGUGUGCUUUAUGUAUUACCAUUUGUCUUGACAUCAUAUCCACAGAAUUAUUAGAUUUCGCCUCACAACUUUAAUCACUGUAUGCAUCAUGUAAUGUGCCAUGAAUGUUUUGAAUGAAUGCCAGAAACUAUCUAUCCCUCCCACACAGUCAUAGAUAACCUAAUAUCAGACAACAGCAAUCUGUAGCUAAUAUCUCUUCUUGUCUAAAAAUCUCACAGGCCAUCAUGAGUUGAAUUAAAGUCUCAUAAAAGUAUGCUUAGCUCUUGUUCAACACUAUCUGAAUCUUAAAUUAGUGCAGUGAGAUAAUCCCUGGUGUCUAUAAUUCAUUACUGCUACUGUAAAGCCUGUAGGUUUGGUGGCUGGUCCAGCUUUUUACAUUUAUCUUAACCCUUCCUGCCAUGUUUGCUGAUCAUAGUCAUUGAUAUUAAUGAUAGUGGUGGUAGAAGUGGUAGUGGUGGAAGUGAUCUGUUGAUUCUAAUGCUACCCAUAGAAAACCUGUUGCUUUGUGUCAUAUAUUUCUUAGUUGCCCUCUAGUUCUGUAUUAAUGACUAUGCAUAUAUGUUAAUGUACCAACAGCUUUUUUGUUAAAUGUCAUUGUUUUAUUUGAUGUUCUCAUGCACGUUGACACCUGAGUACUCAGUUAAUAUCAAAGAGUCCACCUGUAACAGGUCAGGACCUCUUUAAUUCAGCAGGAAAGUUUCACACUCAAGUAUUUUUAUCUAUCAAUCAGGGAAAAUUCAGUUCUUAAAAGUUUCCUCAUGUUAUUGUGCUGAUGCCAUGUAGCAUGAGAUUACUGUCAUAGUAGCAUUCAGUUAAACGUGUGCUUUGAGCACAAUAAAAUUGCAUCCUCACUGUCAUCAGAUGGUAAAUACCUUGGAAUAAUGUCUGCAGCAGGAUAGAUAGGUAACAAUAAAAUAUAAAAUAUGAGUUGACACAUGAAACUGUGUUAAUGCUGUUUUUUGUUUCUUUGUAUAUAAUCCAAAUGUGAAAUAAUAGUCUAAAUCCAUUUGUUUGGAAGCUGUUAAUUUAUUGGAUGUUCUAUUUAUUGAUCUUAAGGUUUCAGAAAGGAAUCGCUCUCUAUCUGGGUUCUGUAUGUGCAUUUGUGUGAGUGUGCACAUGGCAGUGAAUGCAGCAGUGAAAGCAGAGAUGAGCGUGAGCACAUCGAUGUGUCUGCACAUCCUGCACUUUCACUUGUGUGUGUGUGUGUGUGUGUGUGUGUUAAAGUGUAACAAUGACUCCUGUACCUUCCUCUGCCCUCCUCUUCCUCUUCUUUCUCUCUGGUGUCAUGUAGCCUAUAGACAUUUCCCCCCUUUGUCCUACUAUUGCAUAUAGUUCAGUGCCCCUCUAGUGUCAGUCACUGUCCACCUCCUGCAUGUGCUUGUUUGUAAAUACACCAAAUAAAAUGAAUAUAAACCAAAA